AUGGAUGCCAAAGAAGCCUCCGCCACCGAUUUGAAGCGACCGAGAGAAGAGGAUGACAACACCGCCGCUUCCAUGGAGACGGAGAACGGAGAUCAGAUAAAGGAGCCUGCUUGUUUCUCCUCUGUGAUUCCUGGAUGGUUCUCUGAGAUGAGUCCCAUGUGGCCAGGAGAGGCACACUCUUUGAAGGUUGAGAAGGUUUUGUUUCAAGGGAAAUCAGAUUACCAGGAUGUGGUUGUUUUCCAGUCUGCGACAUAUGGUAAAGUUUUGGUUUUGGAUGGAGUCAUCCAACUCACGGAGAGAGAUGAAUGCGCUUAUCAGGAGAUGAUUACUCAUCUUCCUUUGUGCUCUAUCCCUAACCCAAAGAAGGUGUUGGUCAUUGGAGGAGGAGAUGGAGGUGUCCUGCGGGAAGUUGCACGCCAUCCUUCUGUUGAGCAUAUUGACAUGUGUGAAAUUGAUAAAAUGGUGGUCGACGUGUCUAAGCAGUUUUUCCCUAAUGUAGCAAUUGGAUUCGAGGAUCCUCGCGUUAACCUCGUCAUUGGCGAUGGUGUUGCUUUCUUGAAGAAUGCUGCUGAAGGAUCAUAUGAUGCAGUUAUUGUUGACUCAUCAGACCCCAUUGGUCCUGCAAAGGAGCUGUUUGAGAAACCCUUCUUCCAAUCUGUGGCUAGAGCUCUUCGACCUGGUGGAGUUGUGUGUACUCAGGCUGAAAGCUUGUGGCUUCACAUGGACAUCAUUGAAGACAUUGUUGCCAAUUGCCGUGAGAUCUUCAAGGGAUCGGUGAACUACGCGUGGACUAGUGUUCCAACAUACCCGAGGCAUCUGAAUCUGUAUCAAUUCAUGGUUGUUUACUGCAGUGGGGUUAUCGGAUUCAUGCUCUGUUCAACUGAAGGGCCUGAGGUUGACUUCAAGAACCCUGUGAACCCAAUUGAUGACAGCUCCAGCAAAUCAAAUGGACCCUUAAAGUUUUACAACGCUGAGAUUCAUUCAGCUGCGUUCUGCUUACCUUCUUUCGCCAAGAAGGUAAUAGAAUCAAAAGCCAAUUGA